CAGAGCUGGAGCUAAAAAGACAGACACAUUCACUGCAGCUUCACCCUGUGAACUCACAGAGCGUGCAGCUGAAUGGACAUGUUUAUUUACACUGGGUGUCUACAGGAGCGCUGAGGACUAAUAAUACUUACUAAUGGAGCCAACUUUAACUCUUCACUCUACUUCGGCCGCAUCAGAUGGUGAGCGCAGCGGUCUUGAGCAUCAUGACUGCGGCAGUGUGAGCAGUUUGGAAAGUAAUGGUAGUCUGCCCAGCAUCACCAACCAUUGUCGCUUCUCAGAGCGCCGUGUUGCAUCAUGGGCCGUCAGCUUUGAGCGUUUGCUCCAGGAUCCUGUGGGUGUCCGCUAUUUUUCUGAGUUUCUAAAGAAGGAGUUUAGUGAGGAAAACAUCUUAUUCUGGCAGGCCUGUGAAUGCUUUAGCCAAGUUCCAGAACAUGACAAAAAGCAGCUGUCCCAGAAGGCCAAAGAGAUCUACAAUCGUUUCCUCUCAAGUAAAGCUACCAUGCCGGUGAACAUCGAUAGUCAAGCUCAACUUGCUGAUGAUGUCCUGACAGCUCCACAGCCUAACAUAUUCAAACAGCCACAGCUGCAGAUCUUUAACCUGAUGAAGAUGGACUGUUACGCUCGGUUCCUGAAGUCCACUCUCUAUCAGAAGUGUAUGCUGGCUGAGGUAGAGGGCCGACCUCUCCCUGACCCCUGCCCGAUUCCAUGUAGCCCCGCCCCAUCCAAGCACAGCUUCACCUCUGACCGUUCCACAUUCUCCACACCUAAAAAUGAAAACAGGAGACCCAAAACAGGCAGGUCAAGUGAUGACCUCAGAGAGAAACUCUUAGAUAAGAAAAAUGGCUUCUUUUCCUGGUACAGAUAUCCAAGUAUUGGGAAAGGACAAAAGAAAAGAGACGCCCCAGAUUUACCUUACAACUGUAAUGGGCGGAGAGAGUCUCAGGGUUCACUGUCUUCUGGUGCGAGUCAAGAGCUCAACACUUCGUCUUCCGGAGGAAAGAAUGAGUGUGAGCUGAGAAGUUCUGGUUCUGUUUGGGAAAAGGACAAAGAGCGAUGUAGCAGGACGUGUACAGUAAUGCUACCUGACGGCUCUGGCUGCUCCAUUCCUCUACGACAGGGUGCCUCCAUCAGACAGGUGCUGCUGGAGCUCUGUCAAAAACAGCGCAUCAACCUGGCUUCUGUCGACCUCUUCCUCACUGGAGGAGAGAAGCCUUUGGUGUUGGACCAAGAUAGUAUUACUCUCAGCUCCCGAGAACUUCGUCUUGAAAAACGCACUUUGUUCAGACUGGACCUGGUACCUAUUAACAGAUCGGUUGGGUUGAAAGCAAAGCCCACAAAACCUGUGACUGAGGUUCUGCGUCCUGUGGUUGCCAAGUAUGGACUCCACCUUGGUGACUUGGUUGCCAGAAUAAGUGGAGAGACAGAAGUUCUCGAUCUUGGAGUGCCCAUAUCAAACCUUGAUGGCCUACGAGUUGUACUGGAGAGGGCUGAUCCAGCCAAAGACGAGUCUAAAACACUCAACUCCAAAACACCAGCUGCCAAGAAAAGUCUGCCAAGAGAGAAAGAUGAAAGUUCGGCAGGAAAACCGUGGAAAGGAGAUGGUGAAGACAAGCAUCCCCGGACAGCUGCGUCAGAAAGGAAGAAAGGGAAAAAGAAUCAUAUAGAUGAAGCAGAGGAAUUUUUCGAGUUGUUGAGUCGUGCUCAGAGCAGUCGUGUUGAUGACCAGAGAGGCUUGCUGAGAAAAGAAGACCUAGUGCUUCCUGACUUUCUCCGUGUGGACCCAGAUCCCGUAUCCCAACCUCCUGCCUGCUCAACCCCCACCACCCAUAAACCCGGCCACACCACCAUCACAACCCCCCGACCUCCUAAACCCAGCUCCUCGAACGGACACCCCCGUGCACCAUGCCCUGACACGCCCCCUUUCACCGCCCCACUCUCCCCCAUCCUACACUCCUCUGGUCCGCAGAGUCAGGAAGAGGAAGGGCUGGGUGACCUGACUCUUGUGGGGGAGGGUGACAUCAGCAGCCCUAACUCCACUCUGCUUCCGCCUCCGCCUCUGCCAAGCUCUCCGCCCCCUUAUGAGGGCAGCCUACCUGAGGCCAACUUCACUCCUCCGCCAUGCAUACACAGGCAUCCCAGCCCAGGUACAGAAGAAGGAAACUCGUGCACUUCAGCUGUCAACAACCAUUCCUCUUCAACAGCCCAAGUGCUGGACAAGGGGGUCAGUGUGGAAGGGGUCAUUCUGGAGGACAGCUUUGAGGGUUACGCAGCAGAGCUUCGCCAGUGCCAGAACAAAAUGAGAAAUGGCAUUUACCCCUCCACAGAAGCGUCCCGUCCCCUCAGCGGGGUGCUGGAAGUCAACGAGAGUGACACAGUGCAAUACAAAGCAACGUUUGUCUGA